UAGACCACCCGAAAUUAUUCCGAAUCAGCACAAAGUAUUACUUAUCAAAACGACAACAAAUCUAAAACCCUACAAGAUUCAUUUGGGAGGAGACCUGACCUGAGAGAGUCGUGCGCAAUCGAGCAAGAGAAACAGCGAUGGGAAGAUCAGCUCUGAUUCAUUUAAUCCGCUCUCAGUCUCGCCGUCUCUCUUCCUCCUCCUCCUCCUUCACUUCAGGAUAUGGCCGGUCAGUAGCAGGGACAUGGUCACCAUCACCAUCACCAUCACCAUCACCACCAUCAUCAUCAGUGAUCUCUAAGGUCAGAUUCCCAGAGGCACAAUCUCUAUACCAGAGAUGCUGGGCAUCAUCUAGAGCCGCCCAAGAUGGUAAUGAUGAUGAGCACAAGAUCAGCAUCGGACCACAAGACAAGAAACAAGACAACAACGAUGGAAGUGUUGUUUACUACGGCCCAAUCUCAUCAACCAUAAAGAAAGUCAAACUCCUCUCACUCUCCACCUGCUGCCUCUCCGUCUCCCUUGGCCCUGUCAUCACCUUCAUGACUUCGCCAGGACUCAACGUGAUCAUGAAAGGCGCGGUUGCCUCCACCGUGAUCUUCCUAAGCGCUUCCACGACCGCUGCUCUCCACUGGUUUGUCAGCCCGUACGUUCACAAGCUGAGGUGGCAGCCUGGUUCGGAUACUUUUGAGGUGGAGAUGAUGACUUGGCUUGCGACGUUUGCGCCGAAGACGCUGAAGUUUUCGGAUAUACGUUACCCGGACACGCAGAGGCCGUUUGUGAGCUUUAAGGCGGAAGGGGAGUACUACUUUGUGGAUGCGGAGAGGUGCACAAACAAGGCGUUGUUGGCUAGGCUCACUCCUCCUAAGGAUGCUCAUGACUCUGCUUUCAAGAACCUGUGAUUCCAGAUUCCAUUUUUCUCUUCUUUUGUCAUUCUCUGUCUUGGGUUUGUAACUCUUUUGGAUCCUUGGGAGUACCGGAGAAUGCAAAUAAUAAACGAGUUUAUGAAUGCUAACACUUUUUGGCACUUCUCUUUCCAUUUGUAAGGAAGUGAGGCCUUAUUGUAAGACCUUGAAGAGAGUCUGUGUUUGGUUUUGAGUUAUUAGUUAUCCCUGUUAAGAGUCUGCUA